CUGUUCAAAAUCAAUAAAAAGUCAGAGAAGAGGCGAAGAAUCGCUGGGCGUGGUCGCCGGGACUUGAACAGUGGUUGAAACGAAGUCGAACUCCCCACCUCAGACAAGCAAGAACCGCUAUAAAAGCAUCCGCUACUUCUUCAGUGUUGAAGAUGACGAUGGUCAGGCCGUUCGUGUUCUCCUUGUUCCUCGCCCUCGCCUUCGGCGAACAAUGCUCCGUGAAAACCGACUUCGAGACCACCUGCCAAAUCGGAGGUCUCGUCCUGACCAAAGAUGAGAUUAUCAAGGUGUCCGACGAUAACUGCGACAGCGUUUACAAAAAACAACAAUUCGCAUAUUUGCCGAAAGUAACGUUUCCGAAUGCAGAACAGGAUCAAACAUAUACAGUUAUCUGCAUAGAUCCAGAUGCGCCAAAUCAUCCGAAGGGGCAUUACUAUCUUCAUUGGAUCAGAGCUAAUAUCCCAGGAAAUGACUUGGCAGAAGGAAACACAUCAAACGGAGAAGAUCUUAUUGAAUACAUUGGGCCUGCACCUCCAGCUCAUACUGGUCUUCAUCGUUACAUGUUCCUUGCAUUUAAGCACAGCGAUCCGGCUCUACGUCUCAAGACCAAGUUGACUCAACAAGAAAGAAGACGCUUCAACUUGGCCGACUGGAUCUCAAAUGUUCAGCGUACAGAAGGAGUUAUCUGCGGGCCGGAAGCUGGCGUUCAGUUUAAAGCAGAAUUUGCUUGAAUAUUUUUUAGAAGCUUCUACUUUAGAGUUACAGUUUCACUUUAUAUUUUAGAUGUGAUGUAUAAGAUAAAAAAUUGUGAUUUUAAUUUAUAAUUAAAACAUUUAUUUUUCUUUGACGAAAUGAGCUGUUUUCCUAAAGUAUUAUUGAAUCAAAAAAUGAGUUAAUAUGACCAUCAAAUCAACACAAUUUAUACCCAAUAAUCUCUGUUUAUUUCAACAAUCAUCUAUAUUUUCUUUUACACUUUCAAGGAUCAGUCAUUUUAAUAAAAGAAAGAAAAGAUAAGGAGAAUUACGCAGAGUACCUGCUAUGAUUGUACCUAUUUAGGAACAUAAAUAAAAACCACUACUAUUA